AUGGACUUCAAUUUCGACCAGCUCCAGCCCUAUGAUGACCCCUUCUACGGCAUCAUGCUCGACAAAGGAUCCUAUCCUAUUGGCCAAGUUGUUUUGCUAGUCACCUUUGGCACGCCCAACAACUACCAUACGGAGCACCUUACCUUUGAGGUGGCCAACUUCAAGACUUCCUACCAUGCCAUCUUUGGCAGGCCCAUGCUCGCGAGGUUCGUGGCGAUUCCGCAUCAUACCUAUCUCGUCCUCAAGAUGCUAGCUCCAAACGGCAUCCUCACCAUCUACGGUGACAUUGAUACAUCAUACAAGUGCGACAUGGAGGCAAUCAAGCUUGCUGAAGCCCUGGAGUACUCGGCCAAGCCACUGCCAUGCUCGUCGAGGCCAACAAAGUGGACCAGGACCAGCUCACGAUCCCAGAGAUAG